CUCACAAGUCACAACAACAUCUCUAACAAAAUGAAAUCUCACACAUUCCAUUUUUCUCCUGUGGUAUAUAUUUUAUUUAUUUUAUUUCUGUCGAACCGUAAUUAUAUCGAUAUAAUCUCGGCAGCUGGAUAUCCGAUUAAUGUGUGGCCCAAGCCAACUACUUUCGAGUGGACCCACCCCGAGUCGGUCCCACUUGCCCCAUCUUUCACUAUUACUUCCCCUUACCACAAAUACUUAACGGCCGCCGUUAACCGUUACGUCCGUCAAAUCCUGAAAGAGCAUCACACUCCACUUAUCACCCCUUCCGUUGACUCUCCGUCAACUUUUCCGUUAAAAUCGCUCAGAAUCUCCGUGACCGACAUUUCCGCUCCCCUGACCCACGGCGUGUCGGAAUCCUACAACCUGACCGUCCCCGGCGCCGGCGGCGUCACCGCCGUCAUGACGGCGGCGACGCCGUGGGCCGCCAUGAGGGGGCUGGAGACAUUCUCCCAGCUGGUGUGGGGGAAUCCGGGUCGGGUCGGGUCGGGCCUGUUUAUAUCCGACGCGCCGUUGUUCGGGCACAGGGGAGUGCUGUUGGAUACUUCGAGGAAUUUUUUCAGUGUGGAUGAUAUAAUGAGGUUAAUUAAGGGGUUGAGCAUGAAUAAAAUGAAUGUGUUUCAUUGGCACAUUACGGAUUCGCAUUCGUUCCCUAUUGUGGUUCCGUCGGAGCCGAUGUUGUCGGAGAAAGGAUCGUACGGUGGUGGAAUGGUUUAUACGCCUGAAGAUGUCAAGAGAGUGGUGGAAUUUGGGUUUGAGCAUGGGGUUAGGGUUUUGCCUGAAAUUGACAUGCCAGGUCAUACAGGAUCAUGGGCUGAAGCUUACCCUGAAAUUGUCGCUUGUGCUAAGAUGUUUUGGUGGCCUGCUGGAUCUGAAUGGGCUGACCGUCUUGCAUCAGAACCUGGAGCUGGUCAACUCAACCCUUUAAACCCCAAGACAUAUGAGGUCCUGAAAAAUGUCAUUCGUGAUGUUAUUGCUAUGUUUCCUGAACCAUUUUUCCAUGCCGGCGCUGAUGAAGUGAUUCCCGGUUGCUGGAAGGUUGACAAAACCAUUCAGACCUUUCUUGCAAACAAUGGGACUCUAAGUCAGGUCCUUGAGAUAUUUAUCAACACUACCUACCCUUACAUUGUUUCCCAAAACCGAACCGUGGUUUACUGGGAAGAUGUUAUGUUGGAUGAUACAAUCAAGGUCGAUCCCACAUUUCUUCCCAAGGAAACUACCAUCCUGCAGACAUGGAACAAUGGUCCAAACAAUACAAAAAGAAUAGUCAAUGCUGGCUACUGGACUAUUGUGUCUUCAUCAGACUUCUAUUAUCUGGACUGCGGACAUGGAGGUUUUGUGGGGAAUGACAGCCAGUAUGCUCAAAAACCAGGUACGGAUCAGGGUAAAGGUGGGUCGUGGUGUGCACCCUUCAAAACAUGGCAGACGAUAUACAAUUAUGAUAUUACAUACGGUUUGAGCAAAGAGCAAGCGAAACUCGUGUUAGGAGGUGAGGUAGCACUGUGGACUGAGCAAGCUGAUGCAACUGUGCUUGAUUCACGGGUAUGGCCAAGAGCUUCAGCGAUGGCUGAAGCUCUAUGGUCGGGUAAUGUUGAUGAGUCGGGAAUGAAAAGGUAUGCAGAAGCAACAGAUAGGUUAAUUGAAUGGAGGCAGAGAAUGGUAAACAGGGGAAUUGGAGCUGAAGCCAUUCAGCCACUCUGGUGUAUUAGAAAUCCAACAAUGUGCAACACAGUUCAAGAUGUCUAGUGCUUGAUUCACGUUGUGUAUGAUUAGUAACAACCAUGUUGUCCUUCAUUUUUAUUUUAUCAUAUAAUUGAAGCAUUUAAUAAGUUUGAACA